GUCUUGACGACAUUGUUUUUCAUGCAUGGCGAAGUUUGUUGAUUAAGAACAUCUUAAAACACUUCAUGGGAUAGCCAAGUGAAAUCCACAAUGAAUGGUACCAUAAAAACAGAUGAAGAUAUACCACCACCACCACCUUACGACAACCAUUAUAGUAAUGGGGGGAUUGAUAACCUUGGUGUUCGAUACGCACCAAGUGAUGACAUUCAAAAACCUGAAACUAAAGACAUAAAAGACGAUAAAGAUGAUGAUUCAAAAAAAAAGGACAAAGAAAAGAAAGAAGCACCACCCAUGGUCCCAUUUACAAAGCUGUUCCAAUUUGCUGACACUACUGACAAGAUUCUGAUUUUCUUCGGUGUUCUGGGAGCCGUUUGUCAUGGUGCUGCUACACCUCUCCAGUUUAUCAUAUUUGGAAGACUUGUGGACAGUUUAAUUGAUUUUGAAAAGCUUCUAUCUACUUCAGGAAAACUAGAGAGCAUGAUGACAGACUUAGCAUUGUAUUAUGUAUAUCUGGCCAUUGGUACUCUGAUCGUUUCGUACCUUCAGAUGGGUAUGUUUUCAUGGUCAGCUGCAAGACAAACAAAGAAAAUGCGUGUAGCAUUUUUCCAAGCUGUGAUGCGUCAGGAUAUCGGUUGGUUUGACACGUAUGAAGCUGGAGAGUUGAAUAACCGGUUGACAGAUGAUAUCAAUAAAGUGGCUGAAGGGCUUGGAGGCAAAGUUGGGAUUGCUAUCCAGUUUGUCACAACCUUCUUUGCUGGUUUUGGCAUUGGCUUUGGGUUUAGUUGGAAACUAACUUUGGUUAUCUUGUCGCUAGUCCCUUUGCAGAUCAUUGCAGGGGGAAUUAUUGCAAAGGUGAUAACAGUUUUCACAACAAAAGAGCUUGAUGCCUAUGCUAAGGCAGGUGCCAUCGCUGAAGAAGUUUUAUCUUCAAUCAAAACAGUAGCAGCCUUUGGAGGGGAAAACAAAGAAAGCGAGAGGUAUUCUGCCAAUCUCUAUGAAGCUCAAGCGUACGGUAUAAAGAAAGGACUUACUAUGGGACUUGGCUUUGGUUUCUUUAACCUCAUCAUGUUUGGAAGUUAUGCCUUGGCAUUUUGGUAUGGCUCAACAUUAGUUUUGGAUGGGCAACUCACUGGUGGAAAUCUCCUUUUGGUCUUUUUCUCGGUAUUAACGGGUGCAACACAAAUUGGCCAGGCAGGACCACAUGCAGAAGCAGUGUCAACAGCUAGAGGAGCAGCUUACGAAUUAUUCCAAAUUAUCGAUCGCAAACCACCAAUUGAUGUCAGCUCAGAAGAAGGAGAUAAACCGACUGAUGUUUCUGGUAACAUUGAAUUCAAGGAUGUUUUCUUUAGCUAUCCAUCAAGAGAUGAUGUUAAGGUUCUGAAUGGUCUCAACCUUGAAAUUAGUGCUGGACAGACUGUUGCUCUUGUUGGUGAAAGUGGAUGUGGUAAAAGUACUACUAUCAAACUCAUUCAGAGGUUCUACGAUCCUCAGAGUGGAGAGGUUUCAGUAGACAACAGAAAUGUCAAUUCAUGGAAUGUUAGCUGGUUGAGACGAUUUAUUGGUGUUGUCAGCCAAGAGCCAGUCUUGUUUGCUACUACAAUUGCUGAAAACAUUCGUUAUGGACAAGAUGGGAUCAGCCAGGAAGACAUUGAAAAAGCUACCAAAAUGUCUAACGCUCAUGACUUURUCCAGAAGCUUCCUAAUGGUUACGAAACACUUGUUGGAGAGCGAGGUGCUCAACUCAGUGGUGGCCAAAAGCAACGUAUUGCAAUUGCACGUGCUCUGGUGCGCAAUCCUAAAAUACUUUUACUGGACGAAGCAACAUCUGCAUUGGAUACUGAGAGUGAAUCUUUAGUCCAGGCAGCACUAGAGAGGGCCAGUGAAGGUCGCACUACUAUCAUCAUUGCACAUCGUUUGUCGACUGUCAAAAAUGCAGAUAUGAUUGCUGCCUUUGAAGAUGGUGUUAUAGCAGAACUGGGCUCUCACAGUGAACUCAUAGCUCAUGAUGGGGUCUACAAGCAGCUUGUCAUGUUACAGACAUUUGAAGAGAAUGAAGAGAAAGAAGAAGACGAAGUACAAAAAAGCAAAGAAAAUGUUUCAAUCUUGCCAGAUGUGGAAACAACAGACUCCAAGAAUGAUCGCAGAAUGUCAAUAACCUCCAAUGACAAAAACAGCGAACAAGAGGCAAUGAAAAGAAAGCUCUCACUACGUGCAUCACAAAGACUUCACUCUGCCGGGAAACGAAGGAAAAGCCAGGUCGACAAGAAGAACAAAGACAAAAUCAUUGAAGAAGAUGUGAAACCUGAAUCGUUUUUGCGUAUUUUGAAACUCAACGAGCCCGAGUGGCCGUAUAUAGCUCUUGGUGUGUUUGCUUCCAUGGGAAAUGGUGUUUUUGCCCUUAUCUUUGCUUUGAUUCUUGGAGAAAUUUUGAAUGUCUUUACUAAGGUGAACCAGCCCGAUGUUUUUAAGGAGGAGGCUAUUUUCUGGUCUUUGAUGUUUCUUGCAUUCGGAGGAUUUUCGUUUUUGACUUAUUUUCUGCAGUAUUAUAUGUUUGGAAAGUCUGGAGAACUGCUUACCACAAGAGUACGGCAAACAGCAUUCAAGUGUUUACUGAAACAGGAAAUGGCAUUUUUUGAUGAUCCACUUCACAGUACGGGAGCUCUAACUACAGCAUUAGCAACCCAUGCAUCUGAUGUCAAAGGGGCAACUGGUUCCAGACUUGGUACCAUUUCCAUGACAGUUACCACUAUCAUAGGAUCCCUGGUGUACUCGUUUGUAAACGGAUGGAAGUUGUCUUUUGUGGUUCUUGCAUUCAUUCCCUUGCUUGCUGUUUCUACACUUUUACAAAUGAAGUUAAUGAAUGGCGACCACAAAGAGAAUACCGAAUUGAUUGACGCUGGAAAGGUUGCAGUGGAGGCAUUUGAGAACAUCAGAACAAUAGCAACACUGGGACGGGAAGAAACAUUCUGUGAAAAGUUUGCAUCACUACUGAAUCCAUCAUACAAGAAAGCUGUCAGGUCAGCCCACAUCAAUGGUAUCAGCUAUGGUUUCAUGGAAGCCGCUAUGUUUUGUUGCAUGGCUGCAUCAUUCCGGUUUGGUGCUUAUUUAAUGGUUGAAAAAGAAAUGAGUAUGAUGGAGGUUAUGAAGGUUGUGAUGUGUAUUAUCAUUGCUGGAAUGAUGUUUGGUGAGAUGUCAGGAUUCUCUUUGGAUUACAUGAAGGCUAAAUUAGCCGCAGCGAGAAUCUUUAAGCUGUUUGAUCGCGUUUCUCUAAUCGACAGCUCUUCCACUGAAGGAACUAAUCCAUCCAUUGUUCAAGGCACCAUACAGCUACGUAAUGUACAUUUUCAUUACCCGUUCCGAAAAGAUGUGCAGGUUCUUCGUGGUGUGGACCUGUCAAUCAAAACUGGACAGACACUCGCCUUGGUGGGGUCUAGUGGGUGUGGUAAAAGUACUAUAGUWUCUCUGUUAGAGAGAUUCUACGAUGCUGAGUCCGGUGAGGUGGCUUUAGACGGCAACGAUGUCAAAAAUCUCAACAUCCAAUGGCUUCGUUCUAAAUUGAGUAUUGUUUCACAAGAGCCAGUCUUGUUUGGUUUCAGCAUAGCAGAGAAUAUAGCUUAUGGUGAUAAUAGUCGACAAGUYAGUAAGGAUGAAAUAGAAGCUGCUGCCAAAUCAGCCAACAUCCACAGUUUUAUCAACUCUCUGCCCAAAGGAUACGAAACUUUGGUAGGAGACAAAGGCACCUUGAUAUCUGGUGGUCAAAAACAACGAAUCGCUAUCGCCAGAGCUCUCAUUAGAAACCCUCAGAUUCUGCUUCUUGACGAGGCGACGUCAGCUCUUGACACGGAAAGCGAAAGGGCCGUGCAAGAAGCCCUCGAUUCUGCCAGUAAAGGUCGUACAGUAAUCAUGAUUGCACACAGAUUAUCGACUGUCAAAAAUGCAGAUAUGAUAGCUGUCAUUCAUCAUGGACAAGUUGUGGAACAAGGGACACACCAGGAACUCCUUGGUAUGAAUGGUUACUAUGCUGGUCUUGUUUCUGCACAAAUGAUCAACGAAGAAAACUGAAUAUUUAUUAUUGCAGUAUACAAUACUACUAGCUUUUGUUUUCACGAUUUGAACAUUUUUACUCUAUAGUAACCAUAUAUUUUCUUACGUAUUUAUUAAUUAAUUUAUAUUUUGUAUACUCAUAGCCACUGAUUUUAACAGUCAGGUGUUCACUAAAUUGAGGCCAGCUUCCAUAUGGUCCCAUAGUGUGUAGUAUUUUUGCCUCGUUGUAGGGCAGAGUUUGCUGUUUUAGUUUGUUCAGAGUGAAUAUAAUGUAGUAAAUACCCAUAGGGACUUUCGGUCGUGCAUCCGCAUUUUUCUCUCCGACAAACGUUUUGAAAUUGCUGUAUAUACAAAAGUCCUUUCAUGUUCCCAUUUCUGUGUUUUGGUUAACAUGACUAGAGAUUUUUUUAUUAUUUAUUCAUUGGAAAAUGGAUUUUCAAACAAUAAUAUCGUGUAUAGUCAAUCUGAAUAAUGUAUUUUAAAUAUUACUCCACUCGGAAUAGAGACUAUAGAGGGUGGGAUAUUUAAGGAUUAAAGCACGAGGUCGAGUGCAUUACUAUUUAGUAUCUACCAGACUAAUAUGGAUCAUCAUAAAUCCAGCAUUCUGAUUGGCUACUGAACAAUAGUCUAUUCAUGUUAGCCCAUGGUGGCAUGGAGAAAAGCAGGAAAAGGCAGGGAAAAGUUCAGAAAAGCUGUUUUCUAUAUUUUCCCAAAUGUGUCCUAUAGUUUGGUGGGUACUCAAAUAAAAAGACCGCGAGAUUGAGUACGGCCUGGUGCUCUAUCAAAUCUAUCAUAUGAAACGCUCUAUUUAACAUUCACUGACGUUUGUAAAAUUCUCUGUUUAAUAUUGAUGUACUGGUUAUUUAUAUUGAAAGAUAUUUAAUAGUUGAAUAUUUUUCUGUGUGAAUUAAAUCAUAGUAUUCAUAGAAAGUGUGAAACGACGCCAUUUUUCGACCAAAGGUGAUUAAGUGCUGUCGUACUUUUUGUCCGUUUCAUUGAUGUGUUUUCUUCGCAAUCAUACAAGUUUUCUUGUAAAGAGAACAAAAAAAACUAAUUUUGUGGAUAUUUAUUGCGAGAAAUUCUCAAAAUCUCGUGAUAUAUCCCAUUUGUUCUACAAAAUGGCGUCGCUGACUAGUGAUUGGUUUUCCAUUCUGAGAUGUUUAUUUAUUAAGCAUGUGUUUUAAUAUUGCCAAUAAAAGUGACUGAACAAAA